AUGCUAUCUAGUAGACUAGUCACACGUGCAUUCAGGCCAAACAACUUUAGAUUUGCCUCUACUUUGACCUUUUUAGAGUCUACUGCUAAUGGUGAGAUAUCUCCUGCCUCUUUGAGUGCCUUGAAUGCUUCAAGCAAGUUAAAAAAUCCAAUUACGGCCGUAAUUUUGGGCUCUGGUGCCCCAUCAGCUGCUGAAACACUGAAGAAUAAUUACAAAUGUGACGGACUAUCUAAUAUAUUGGUCUUGAAUGAUUCAAGAUUUGACCACUAUCUGCCUGAAAAAAUUGCUCCCGCACUAGCUGAGUUGUUGAAAUCUGAUGAUUACUCGCAUUUUGUAACCGCUAGCUCCUCAGUUGGUAAGAAUAUUCUGGGAAGAAUAGGUGCCGAAUUGGACUCACAGCCGGUAAGUGAUGUCCUAGAAAUUAAAGAUGAACAAACUUUUGUUAGACCAAUUUAUGCUGGUAACAUCAUUACUACUAUUAAAUCGUCGCAGAAAAAGCAACUUGUAUCAAUUAGACCAUCUUCAUUUGAUGCUGUAGCAUCUGGAUCAACUUCAGGUGCUAACAUUACAGAAAAGUCAGUUGAUAUCCCAGAUAGCAACGCUAUUGAAUGGGAAAGUGAGAAUAUUUUGAAAAGUGGUAGACCAGAGCUCGGUUCCGCAAAAGUAAUUGUCUCUGGUGGCCGUGCAUUUAAAGACAAGGAAACCUUCGAGAAAUUGCUUACACCACUGGCUGAUACUUUGCAUGCAGCUAUUGGUGCAACCAGAGCUGCAGUAGACAACGGAUUCUGUGAUAACUCACUUCAAAUUGGACAAACGGGUAAAGUUGUCGCUCCUGAUUUAUAUAUUGCAGCAGGCAUUUCAGGUGCUAUCCAACAUCUGGCAGGUAUCAAGGAUUCAAAGGUCAUUGUAGCCAUCAACAAUGAUCCAGAGGCACCUAUAUUCAAAGUAGCUGAUUAUGCAUUGGUUGAAGAUGUGUACAAAGUUCUCCCUGAACUAACUGAAAAACUCAAAUAA